UAAGCUUCUAAAAUUAUUCUACAAAAAUUGAUUGAGAAAUGUUUCAGCUCUUUGGUCACAAAAACAAACCCAAACAGCAGCUAGACCCAAACCAACCAGUUCUCUAUAUAGAGCACUGUCGCUCUAGAAAGCAAACCCUCUCGCGGGCCAUGCAACGCAUCGAUCCGAAUGUGAAGCUCCAACUGCAGCUGAAUGCAGAUGGAGAACCACGCAGUCAAUCCUUUGAGGUGGCCAUCGCACCGGCACCUACCAGCGACAUUAUGUCGCGCCAGAUUUUAUGGACGGGUCUGAUGCGCACGUGUGCCACAAAGGUGCCCCAUGUCGACGAUAUCGUUAGGCCUGCGUGUCAUGCAUUAAAAAUGAACGACAGGACCCUCCUAUCGUGGGCACCUAAGCGGCUUAGCGGCACUCGCUGAGCCCACGAGGUGCAUGCGAAUAAGCCCGACAGCUGUGCACAAUAUGCCUGCAGGAACUUGCAAAACUGUAAUGGUCAGGAAAGGCGCAUUGUCGCUGAAAUAACGUUUCAUGUAGAGGGAGUCUACACAUUUCUUAAAAUUGCGAAUGAUAAAUACAGUUGAAUAUAUUUACUUCA